GAAUAUCCCUACUGUUUUACAUAGCAACACAAAAUAUUUGACAUAUGGUAAUUUUACAACACUGGUUACUGUCAGUUUAUUGUACAUUACGCGCUAAUUGGAAAUUUUAUUAAAUUUUGCAAACGGCAGAAGCCGUUUUACAUAAAUUUAACUGUGUUUAAAAUUCCAUUCAUAAUGGAGGAACCGUCUACAUUUUUGUUUAUACUUAAGAAAAUUAAAUUGCGAAAUAAAAAAUCUGCUCCAGAAACUAAAGCAGAAUUGGUGUCGCGCUUGGAAUACAACUUAAGAACUUUGAAGGAGUUGUUCCAUGAUGAUCUGAAAACAAUUUCACACAAAUUAGCGGAAGCACUUAACAUUAAAGAUAUUUUAUUUGAUAUUGAAGUUCCACCCGAGGAAGAACAGCAAAUAAUAUAUCUUGUUUUUAUGAUGUACGCAUUAGUCAAUAUCACGAAAUUACCUCAUUUUUCUUCUGAUAAGCCAGAGGAUCUUAUUUCCGCUGAAAAUGUAAAUCUUUGCAUAUUGGCAGUGCAGGAUUUAAGCAAUCUAGCAUUGACUCCAAAUAUACAUAAGUUGCUACGCAGUAAACGUAUAUUCGGGCACACGGAAUUAGGUGCACCACCAAACUUUGUACUGCUACGUUGUUUUGUAGUAUUUUUUAUAGAAAUGUUGCAAAUAACAUAUUUUCAUAUUGCUAAUUCCAUGGAAAUAGUAUUAUUGCAUUUUAUGGCGGCAACUUACACGUUAUUAUUUGCCUAUCACGAAAAAGAAAUAAUGAUGGAGGAUGAUGAAGUAAAGCGUAUUCUUAAAAUGCUUAAUAUUGUUUGGUAUAAUAUAUCUAGAGAAAAAUGCAUGAAAAAUACUAUUAUUAUUAUGGGUAUAAAUCAGAAAACACAAAUGUUCAUACGCAAAUAUUUGCGAUAUAUGGUGACUUUAGACAAUGGUUAUGUGACGUUUGUUCAUACAUUCGAAGCAGCAAUACAAGCAGAAGGCAGUGCGGGUAAUGUUGAUCCAAAGCAUGUUAUUCAACUUAUGGCUAAAAUAAUUGCGUCAUUUACCUCCGUAGCGAAGAAGAUAAUACCACAAAUUAUGUCAUAUGUUAAAUUAUGUCUAACUACAAGCAGUUUUGAUCAAAAUUUGAAUACGGCGUUACUCACAUUACGGAGAUUAUAUGAUGAAAAUAUCCACAACAAAUCUUACAUUUUAAACGAAAUUGAUGCCAUUCUGCACAAGUUUAUAGAGCCAGAGGAUUUACUUACUGGAUUUAUUUUGAUGGAAAAUAGUGAAUUUUCACUUACUAUCUCGUUAAUAUAUCAUUUAUUUUGUUUUUCAUCUGUGGAAUGCCUGCCAAGCAGUGCAUUAGGAGACUAUUUGUAUAUGUUCCUACAAGUAUUUCAACAAGCCGCAGAGAAAACUACAGAGAAGAAACAGUUGGCGAACAUAAUCACACGCUAUUUGAAUAACCAAACAAAUGAAGAAUUGAUAAAUAUCAUUGAAAAACUCUUUACAAAAACAGAUCGUUGGCAGUAUAAGCUGCAUGAACGCAUUUCCAUUGUCAAUAACACUGUGCUUAUUGUCAGCACCGACGAUGUGAAUAUAUUGUCUUAUAUUCCUGCAGUAAUUGCCGAAGUAUUUAAAGUUGAGACGCAUUACACUUUAACAUAUGAUAUAUUUAUGAUUCUUUUAAAACUAGUUUUAAGUGACACAUUUUAUAAGACUGAUAAUGCUGAAAGCACUAAAGAUAUAAGUUUGAUAGAAACAGAAGACGAGUUAAUGAAUUACAUCGCUUCUAAUUAUCCCGUGCCCUUUGGAAUUUUACAUACGCUGAGUGCGUUAAUUGAACUUGAUUCACUCAAAACACAACUGAAAGCAAAUGACGAACGGAUGCUCCAAGUUAUGACUAACAUAUUACAGAAAUAUUCGAAAGACGAUCACCCCAACUCCGGCAAUUCUCUAACACAAACUCAAAUUGUAUUUGGUGUCAUAUCAUUAUUACAUGAAAUUUUAAAGAGUUCAUCUAAACCACAAAACUGUACUCAUCUUUUGUCAGUUUUUGAAAAGUUAGAAUCACAAAGUCUACCAAUAGAUUUGAAACAACGCUUAAUUGAAAUGAAAAAGAUCAUAAAAUGUGAUUACAAGAUUGAUCACGUUCACGAGGAAUUUGAACGAGCACGUAAUCUUAUCGAACAAUCUCAACCAUAUUUGCAAGCGGAAGGAAUGAAAAAAUUCGAUAAUCUUCUAAAAGCCAAUAACUAUUAUACGAUAGCAAAUGGUCACAUCAUUAUUGUGUUAGCUAUUAAUAUGUUGAAAAACAAGGACUCAUAUGCUUUUCUUAAGGCUAUAAAUUUAUUCAAAACUUUGGUUGAAAAACUCAGCAUCAAUGUAAUAGAAAUCUUGUGCGAUCUGUAUUUGGAGGAAAAAGACGAUAUUGAUCAACGUCUUGUUGUGGGAGAGGCAAUUGUUAAAAUCUGUGCAAAUUUAGGUCCACUUUGCUAUAAACAUAAGGCGGUUUUAAUAAACACUUUCUUCCAAGGAGCACGUUCGCGUCAUGAUGAAUUUCGUAUGUCUGCUUAUGCAAACUUAAGUCAAUUGUGCCGUAUACUUUCUUAUCAAAUAGAUCAUUUCUUUUAUGAGCUUAUAAUAUUAGUUCAGGACGAACUAAAUACUGGUAAAUACGUGCCUGCUCAACGUGCAGCAGUUCUAGUGCUCAGUGAUAUCUUAGAAGGUAUGGAGGAUGUUUUCCAGUUUGCAGAAAAACUUUCGCCUAUGUUUAAAAUAUUAAAAAGAGUUUCGAACGAUAGUAAUUAUGACAAAGAAGUUCGUAACCAUGCAAACAAUGGACUAAAGACUUUGGCGAAAAAGUGUGAACAGAUUUUUAAUGUUGAACAAACAUUAGAGAAAAAAAUUCAAAUAUUGAGUUUAGGCGAAAAGAAAGCGACUAAAAGAAAUAAACACAUUCUCGAAUUGAAUUAAAAAUAUUAAUCAGAACAGAACUUAUUCACCAGUGAUAUACUUGAAGAUGUUUUAUUUACAUUUUUUAUUCUUCUCCGU